CCACUGCCAUAGUCUACCCCUCUAUUACCGCUCAGAAUUCCCCGGGUUUCUCCGGAACUGUUCGGUCGUUUCCGUCUCCACUUCGGUACCAAUCGGCUUUUUCCAUCUGCCUAGCGGCUGGCCCCUCCCAUUUUGCUUUCAGGCUCGUUUGUUUUCGUCUUGCCGAGGCUUUGAAUCGAAUCUAUUCGGAAGCCCUCGAAUCUGGCAUACCCAUAAUCGGAGAUAUUCGGCUAUCUCCGGACCUGGGGGUUGAGGCGCUGGGGCACUUGGGUACUUGGGGCUGGUUCCGGACCGGAAGUGCGUGGGUUACUGGGGUUGGCUCGGCUUAGGGUUUUCAGGAAACAUGGAAGAGGCUCCGAGAGUUGGAGCAGGAACUGAAGGACUUUUGUGAUCUCUGGGAGCUUUCCAAGGGGAGAAGGAAGGAUGUCACUGGACUCAUCUUCCACAGCAGUGCCGCCCUGCUUCCCUUCUGUGUUACCUUCAGUGCCUGAUGACGUUGCCAGCUCUUCCCCUCCUCCAAUGUCUUACAUCACUUCCCAGGAGAUGAAGUGUAUUCUUCAUUGGUUUGCCAGUUGGUCAGGUCCCCAGCGGGAACGCUUUCUACAAGACCUGGUAGCUAAGGCAGUGCCAGGAAAGCUGCAGCCACUGCUGGACAGUCUGGAGCAGCUCAGUGUGUCUGCCGCAAAUCGACCACCUUGUAUCUUUGAGUGUCAGCUACGUCUUUGGGAUCAGUGGUUUCGAGGUUGGGCUGAGCAGGAGCGCAAUGAAUUUGUCAGGCAGCUGGAGGUCAGUGAGCCAGAUUUCGUGGCAAAGUUUUACCAAGCAGUGGCUGCUACUGCUGGUAAGGACUGAUAGGCAUUCAGUUCAAGAAGAGGAUGACAUGUGAUCAAGCCAUGACUAUAGUGAUGACUCAGUGCAAGUUUGUCACUUAAAGAUUCACCUGAACUGCCAGGGUAGUGGUCUGCCUUUUAUACCAGCACUCAGGAGGCAGCCUGGUCUACAUAGCAAGUUCCGGGCCAGACAGCACUACAAAGUGAGACCCUGCCUUUAAAAAAAUUUUUUUUGCAUGAACUUCCUAUUGAGUGAUUGUACUGUUUUUAUCCUAGCAGUAUGUCACCUGGACUCUCUCCCAUUUUAGCAAAUCUGAUUGUUUACAGAUGUCUAAAUCUCAAGAAUGCAAUGACUGCUUUUGUUAACAAUAACUAAAAAGAACCAAUAUCUUGUAACUCAAGCCUACAGCUGGCUCAGAUGUGACUUGUUUUGCCAUAUUUACUCAACUUUAGCAUAAUUACAUGAUUUCCCAAUUGAUGGAUGGAUUUCCCAGGAAUGAUUUAAUAAAAUUAAGGAAAAUUGAGAGAAA